AUGGCGCUGCUUCUUCUGUAUGUGGACGACAUACUGCUCACCUCCUCGACAACAAGCCUACUACAUGACACCAUUGCACAGCUUCAACAAGCCUUUGCUUUGAAAGACCUUGGUCCCGUGCACCACUUCCUUGGCAUUCAUGUCACACGGAUACCUCACGGCUUCUUCCUGUCACAAUGGAGUUAUGUCAAGGACCUUUUGCAGCACACUGGCAUGUUUCACUACAACCCUGUGUUGACACCGGUUGAUAGAAAGCCGAAGCUCUCUGCAACCACAGGUUUGCCUGUCGCUGAUCCAUCUGAAUAUCAUAGCCUCGUCGGCGCACUACAAUAUCUCACCAUGACGUGA